AUGUAUCGAUACUUGGCAGGUCCUGUGAGAGACUUUGGCUCUUUGAAGGAUCCAAAUUUAUCAUUCGCAACUCACAAAAGUCCGCCGGGGCGUGGGUCAGAAGGCCCUGUGAGAGACUUUGGCUCUUUGAAGGAGAAACUUAUCCCCACUGACCCUCCUCGCAGCCACUCCUUCGGAUAUUCCUCACCGGGUGAACGGUUCUCUCUGCACACACUCUCGGUGACGCGGCAUCAGGUUCUUCGUCUGAAAAGGUAUUUAAAGACACUGCUGGACUCGGACAUCGUCACUUCGACCUUGGUUCUUCCUAUUCAGCAAGCUUUCUCAAGAACUCCCGCCUUACUUCUGCAGUCCGUUCUACCCUCUGUCCAAAUGACCACUACAAAAGGAAUCGGCCUCAGCAGUAUCACGACGAACGACGAGCUCGGUGCCUAUGUUAGCGAUCCGAAAGUUGCUCAGACCUGUCCCACAGAGCACGACGCGAGGUACCAUGUCGCGCGGAUUUAUUCCGACAAUCCGCAGAUGAACUGGUGCCGUUCCCUUGACCAGCUUCAGAUCGUCCGAGUUGUUUCCCGAAACCACGGCGUCGAUAGCAGUGCCAGCGACAAUGACAGCACCGAAGACAAUGCCAAAACCUUUGGCCUCCCCUCAGCGGGUGACUUGUUCAAGAUCGUCUGGAAAUUACUGCCAGACUUUGUCAAAUCCAAGGUAACGGAUUGGGCUAAAGCCAACUUGCAGGGCCCAAUUGCCAACGAGAUCAAUGGCUACGUGAAACGCGCUCUCAGUCUCCUCCCCCUUCCGGUCCCAGCAUUCUUUGUGAAUGCCGUGACGAAUCUAGUCAUCCCACCACUGGUGGCCUUUAUCGUUUCAAAUGUUCCGAAACUGGACCCAAAGUUGACUACGCAUCAUGGACCUUUCAUAUUCCCCCAUCACACAGCCGAGGGCCAGGAAGUUCUGCAAUAUUUCGAUCGAAGGAUUCUCCUCGCUGCUGGGUUGAAACCCGACCAUCUGCCGGCCCAUCUCGCUGCACUGUCGGCCAGAAAUGACCCAACUGGGGGUACCAACAGCGACGUUCCCGCCAUCGGCCAGCCAGACGAUCGAGACUGCCGCGCAGAUAUGGAGCAAUUCUAUGAAGCUGCUCCUCCAAACGGCCACAGGUCACUCCAGCUUUCGCAGAUCAUUGCGGCACAGAUCAGAACCAACCUGAAAUCUGACCCGGACGCAAACACCUUUGGGUUGGCUGUCUGGAAAAACCUCGAUCAGGACACCAAGAAAAAGCUGAGGGAGGAUGUGAAGGCAGAUCCACCCAACAGGGCAAGUAUCGCGGAUACACUUUACACCCCUGUCCGCCAACUUUUGAUGAAGGCUCCGUAUUCCGUCCCGUCCCCCAUUCUUGACUCCUUCGCUUCCAUGAAGGUGCCCGAGGCCACAGAGUACGUGAUUACCUCGCAAAAUUAA